CAGGUGACCGGUCAUCGCAUAUGGAAGGGUGUCCACGUUUCUAUGUUGUAAACACGGUUUCAAAUUAUUAGUCCUAGAAGAAAGCUAUGUGAUUGGUGGCUAACUUAUCAGCUGAAGUUUGAAACAUAGAGACAUAUCUGAAUAAUGGAUCUGUGCCCUGGUAAUGAAAUUUUGGACAUUCUUUUUGAUAAAGAUGAUCCCCUUCUUUGUGAUGUUGAUUAUUGCAUGAAAGAAGAUAUCACUGAAAGUCUGGAGCAAUUAAGAGAGUGCAUUCAGACUGAUACAAGUGCUCCAUCUGAAGAUUUUUGGAGUGCAUUUUUGAGAGAUGUCGAAAAAGAUGAUUUCUCUUACUUCAUUGGGAAAGGCACAAGUGACAAUCCAGAAACUGACUCUGGGUCCUAUUAUAGUGGAAGCUUGUCUCCACAAAGUGCAUCAUCAGGCUAUGAUAAUGUAGAUGCAUCAGUAAUUGUAGAACCUAUUUGUGUAGAUACUUAUCCAGAUAAAAGCGUGGAAACUAAUCGGAAUUCCAAUCCUCCUUUCAUACAGCAUUGUAACGCUGCUGCCCUUCCUGAUUCAUCUACUAUUGAAAUAGGUGCCGAUAUUGUAGUGGAGACAUCAGAAGUCUCUGUAUGUGAAGAUUCUAAUAAUUCAGAUUGUGAAUCUCUUAAAAGUGAUACUUUGCUUGAAUUUAACGAACUUCCUCCCAAAAGGAGAAAAAAUUCAGAUGACACAUUUAGUUAUCUACCAGGGACUCAGAUUUUGCAUUUGACCGAAGAUGAAAAGAAAUUAUUGAAAAAAGAAGGUAUUGAUAUUCCUACACACCUUCCUCUAACCAAGGCUGAAGAAAAGGAAUUAAAGAGGAUACGAAGAAAAAUAAGAAAUAAACAAUCUGCUCAGGAAAGCCGUAAGCGUAAGAAAGAAUAUGUUGAUGGUUUAGAAACCAGGGUGAAGUUGUGUACGUCUGAAAACAUUCGACUACAAAAGAAAGUACAUACACUUGAAAAGCAACAAAAAGAGAACAUUGUAAAUUAA